AAACUUAGAAAAACGAAUAAACAUUGUUCGACCUGUAGUGAUAUUAGAACUAAAAAAAAGAAAGAAACAUUGAAGACAAACAUUAAUCACUCGAAUCAUUAAAAUCCGUUGUUAAACGAACGAACGAACGAAUUGAAUUUUCCCACGAGGUUUAAAACGAAACAAUGAAAAGAUGAUGAACCGACAGAAAGGAAGACAAAAAGAGAGAAGGACAAAAAAAAGAAGAAAAAUAAGAAGAAGAAGAAGAAAAAGAGAGAAAGGAGAAAAGAAAUAGAAAAUAGGGAAAAGUCGGAGGGAGGAAAAUAACUAAGCUGUUGUAGAAUUAAACGCGAGUCGUGACAUCGUGAGAGUACUUGAGAGAGACGGGGGUGGAUGAAGGGAAAGAGAAGGAGGAGGAGGAGAAGAGAGGAGGAAGAUUGUUAAUACAUAAGUAGUCGAAGGUUUGGAACGUAACCAUGGCCUUAAAAGGGAGUAAGAUGAAUGUAUGAAGGAACAUGUAUAAGGAGUACGUACGACGUAUGCACGUAUUAACAACAAAUACGAUGAAAAACGGCAAGAAAGAGUGAGAGAGAGAGAGAGAGAGAGAGAGAGAGAGAGAGAGAGAAUGAGAAAGAGGGGGAACAAAGGGAUGAAAAAGAGAGAACGUUUUCUGAAACAUGGAUGAAGAGUAGGGAUGGACCGAGGGAGAGAAGGGUGAAAAGAGAGGGUAGAAAAAGAAGGGUGGAAGGCAACCCAGGAAGGACGAGGAUUGGCGAGAAACAAGGGUUGCCUCGGUUAUCAUAGCCUGGACCAAUCGCUACGUGUAUCAUAGCGACGCAAGCGCGAUCUCGAGCGAACGUCGCGACCCCUUCCGUAGCGGUGGAUUUUACCCUUGUGGAUGGUUUGGGUGGCACGCACGAGGCCGCAGACCUAUCACUUCUUUGGCGACAGCGGUCGGGGUAACAUCCUCGUCCUUUCUCUCCUAUAUCCUUGCACGCAGUUGAACGUAACCCUCUCGAAUAUCCGCUUAUAAAGUUCCAUCCCUUGUGAUCCUAACUAAUUUCUCUCUAUUCCUUAUUCCUUAUUCUUUCUCCUUUCUUUACUCGUAUUUAUUACUUAUCAAAUUUUCGUCUUCUCUCUCUCUCUCUCUCUCUCUUUCUCUCUUUUUAUGUUUUUUCUCUAUCUUCUUUGAUCUUCAUCUUUCGUCUCGUUGUUCGUUACUUUACUUCUCUCUUUUCCACAUUAUCUUUCUCCCGUUAUCCUCUACGUUUUUUCCCUUCCACGUCUUCUUAAGCCGUGUCAUCUCUGCUACUCCACCAUUCAUCAUAUUUCUCUUUUCCCUCGUAAUCUUCCUCCUUCGUAAUUGUUCAUUUUUGUUCUUCGUUGAACCUCAUCUUUCUCUCAUCAUUCUUCUCUUCUUCCUCCUUCUUCUUAUUUCUGUUUUCUUUCUAUUCGUAAAAAAAAAAAAUCCUCGAAAUCGUCAGCUUCCUCUUUCAUCUCCCAUUUUUUUUUCCUUACCUUUGUUAGCUCGUUCGGAAAAUAUGGAUUCGUCGUGGUUCCUGGUAUCGUUUGUAACGACGCGAAACGAUUCGUAUAGACUUGCCGAUCGUGUUUUCAUCGCGAGAUCGAUUAGUUCGCGCUCGUUUCCCUCCUCUUCCUCCUAUUCUUCGUUUUCUUCGUUUUCUUCUUCUUCUUCUUCUUCUUCUUCACCCAUCGGACAGUCCGAAGAUACACGAUGAGUUCCAUUCGUAAUAUCUUCAAGCAAAUCAGGUUUAAAACAAAUAUUUCUUUAAUUUCUAUUCUCCAUUCUAUUUAUCAUUCUUUCUUACAAGCUCCUUCGAUCUAAUCGUUAUCUAUCGAAUUUAUUUUUUGGUUUCUUCUUUUCUUUUCUUUGCAAAUUUUCCUCCCAAUAUUUCCUUUUUGUGUAAUUUUUUUUCUUUUCUCCUACGUUCCAAAGAAUUCUUUUAUAUUCUGUUGAUUCGUUAGAUUUCUUCUUAAAAUCGAAAAAAUUCUUGUUUCUCUAUCGUUCUGAAAUAAUCAACGAAAUGUCUUUUUGUUUUUUUUUCUUUGUUCCUUUCCUCCCUUUCAUUUUUGAGAUAAAGCGGUUGCGGUUUUGAUUAAGCCGAUAGUUCGAACGCGUUCGGCUUUCGGUUUCUUGUUUCGUCGUCGUUGUCGUCCCGAAACAUUUCUCUCGUGCCUUAAAAAAUAGCCGUCCAAUAUUCGAAUACCUUGACAAUAAGCCACGCUUUCUUGUCGCAUUUUCUGUGAUUUCUCUCUCUCUCUCUCUUUCUCUCUCUCUCUCUCUUUUAGACGUUCUUAAGCGCAAAAAUUCGCUAUAUAUAUAAAAUCUCUUUCGCGUCUUCGCAAACAGAAAGAGAUUUUUCUAACCCUUGUUUCUCAGUUUUCUUUUUAUCUCUUUUUCUCUGUCUCUAUUUAUCUGUUCAUUUCUUUCUUUUUUUUUCUCUUUCUAUCUAUCCCAAACUCAAACUUUUCCUCUCAUUUCUCUUUCUACAGAAUUUAUUCUUUCGCGAUCUCACGCAUUUAUCCUCGAUUCGAGAUCUGCUCGAUUUCUUUUUUUAGUGUUUAAACAAAACAAAGACUUCGUCCGUCCUAUUUCAACCUUCCUUGUGCCUUUUCUACUCUAACCUUCUACUUUUUUCGUGCCUGAUGGAGAAAGUACCACAUCGUGCGCCCUCUGAUACACGUGGUAUUUCUCUGUUUCCUGGAAUUCCUGAAAUCCUUCUUCCUUCGCAAAAGAAAAAAGAAAAAAAAAAAAGAAAAAGUAUUAUAUACAAAAAAAAAAGGAAAAAUCGAAAUAAAAAAAAUAUAUAUAUUUAUAUAUCUCUGAAAGAAAAGCGUAAAAAGCUCUGUUGAAAAAAAGAAGAAAAAAGAGAAAAGAAAAAAGAAAAGAAAAGAAAAGAAAGAAAUAACAAGCGGAAGAGAAAAAGUCUCUAACGAUAAUUACCAAAGAAGAAGUUACCCCCGAAACGCGAUUACGGAUUUCUUUGAAAUUUCGACGAAAGAAAAAAGAAAAAAGAAGAAGAAAGAAAGAAAGAAAGAAAGAGAGAGAAAAAUGAAGGUGGUACAAUCGAAUCGCGUUGCUUUUUCUUCAACCCCCGCAUCGAUCGAAACCAAGUUUUUUUAACGAUGUUAUCAUUUGCCAAGCCGAAGGAAGAGGAUCGAAGAAAAGUGAGUUCUGUGAUCGAAACUAAUUUUCCUGGUGUAGGACGGGAGAGCCGAAGAUGGGAGGGGGUUUAAAUUCGGACGAAGAGAAGAGAUGAUUACGUAAAAUGCAUUCAUCCUCCGUAAUGUCCUCUGUGAACAUCGAAAUAUCUCUCUCUCUCUCUCUCUCUCUCUCUCUUUCUCCCUGUUCGAAGACUUCUUUGAGAAAUAAGAAUCGUCACUGUCUACUGUUACAUCGUGCCGAUAAGUUCUUGCGUUACGACAACGACGAAAGUUUCAUUGAAGAUCUAACGAACAAACACGGAGAUUUGUAUGACGUGUAUAAAACCAUCGGACCGACCUCGAUAAUUGCGAUGACUACCAUUCUGUCCUGGAUAUACAUAUGUCGUCGAGUACUACGGUCGUCGUACCGAAAGAAAACUCGCGUAUACGAGAUGAGCAGGACAUAUCAACAUUACGUAAAGCAGAUAAACGAGGAGAUAUACGGCGAUGGUGAUGUACUAAACGCUAUUCCUUCGAGCUUUCUGAAAGGGAAAAAACGGGACAUUGAAACGCCAGGAUGAAAUCGAUCGAUCGAUCGAUUAAUCGAUCUAGAAAAACGCAGCCAACGAUCUUCGAUCGUGAAGAAGGCGCAUCAACAAAAAGUGAGAUCCGUCCUGUCCGAACCGCAACGUGCCUUACUUUCAACCAACAUCAACCGGUCACGAGACGAUUCACUUUGCGGAGACGAAACAUGCAGCCUGUUUAAUUAUGAUUUUAUAUAUAUAUAUAGUUUUUUUUUUUUUUUUUUAUAAAAUACACCGAGAUAAUACAUCAUCGUAAUAUUGGAGAACGAAAAAGAAAAAUUAAAGAGAAGGAGAGAGUUUAAAUGGCAACGAAAACAAGAAAGAAAUAUGAUUACUGGAACGUUGCUGGAUCGUUUUUUUUUUCUGUUCGAAUACCAAGAGGGAAGAUUUUAAUCGCACGACCAGACACUAUCGUUUGUACAUAAGGGAAUUGAUUCAACAGGAGUAUAUGUACAUCUCGAUUUCGAUCUUGAUCUCGAUCUCGAUAACAACGUUUAACGAUUCAUUCGAUUAGUCGAGGUUAAUUAUAUCGAUAGUUUUUUCUCUGAUUGGUAUUUUAAUUAAUUCUAUUAUUCUGCGACAAGUAUACAUUAUCAGUUCGCCACACCACCCCUUCGAUGUAUGAACUUUCUCGUGAAAGUAAUCAUUUAUCGUAGGACACUCGUUUGAGAUUGUUUUCUUUCUUUUUUUUUUUUUCUUCUCUUCCUUUUCAACGUUAAAAAAUUUCUUCGAAAGCGUAAGAUAUUAUUUAUCGUUUGGUGUUAUAUAACGAAGUUGAAUGUUAAAAAUUGUAUGUUUAUUUCGAUGUUUAAAUUCAAUCGAAGAUAAAUUCGAAUAAUUCGAUCAUGUCAAAACGUGAAAAUUUGUGUCGAAGUCUUUUGUAUAGAAAGAAAGAAAGAAAGAAAAAGGAAAGAGGAUUCAUAAAGCAUGCACAUUACAUCGUCAAUUGAUAUAUGUUAAGUAAUUAUAAAGCUCUUUCUCUCUUUCUCGCUCUGUCUCUUUCGAAUCGAUGAAACUCGGCUGAUUUAUUAUUUAAAUUGACGGAUAAAGCAGGCAAGAUAAAAAAUUACAAAAAGAAUUGGAAAUUGAAAGAAGAAAAAUAUAUGUACUCUUUAAUGGUGUAGAUUCGAGAGAUUAUUUUAAACGUUUACAUAAUGUGUGUGUAUGUGUGUGUGUGUAUAUAUAUAUAUACAUACAUAGAUACAUACACAUAUAAACGUAUUUACUUGACAUUUAUACAUCUUUCUGCAAAGUGUCCCUUGAUAGAAGUAACACGUGCUUUCAAUUUUAGCCUUAUUACGUUAUAAGAUAGUAUAAUUAUAUAGAAUAGUAUAGUAUAUAUGUUGAGAGACUUUAUAAAAAAAGAAAAAGAAAAAGAUAAAAAAAAAAAGAAAAAGAAGUGAAAAGAAAAGAAAAACAAGUGUACUCUACAUUGUUAAUUUGUACCAUUGUAAUUUUUCUUUUUCUUUCUUUUUUCUUUCCUCCUUUUUUUUUCUUUUCUUUUUUUUUUGUCGUUCUUCUCAAUAUACACAUGUGGUACGUAGCAUUAAGAGCGUAGUAGAGUUAUGUAGAAUUGUUAAGAAUAAUGGUGCUAUAAAUAUUGUAGUUUUUACUUUGUAAACAUUUAUUUUUACACGUAUUCGAAUGAUGAUGAUUCGUUUACCAUCAAUCAAUAGUACUAUUGUCGAGUAGUAAGCUAUUAAAUAGACAUUAUCGACAUUGUCGUUAAGUGUCCGUAUUGUAACAUAUGAGAUGAGGCCAGUCAACAGUUACUACAAAUAGACGUAAUGAAUUAAGUUCGAAAGUCGAACGAUAAAAGAGUAUAACGACGUUCGAUAUAACACGUUUUUAUUUUUUCUUUUUUAUUAAAAAAAAAAAAACAAAAUAAUAAAAAAGAAAAAAGAAGAAAUAAAAAAGAAAAACAUCUACGUAAGAAAAUUAUAUCUCGAAUCUUGUAUCCCGAAGGAAAGAAAUAUUGUAUUAACGAAAAUAAAAACAGUUCUUCGUUUUGCUUGAAAGAAAUGUUUCCGAUGUAAUUAACAAAAAAAAAAAAAGAUAUUAAUACCGACCGUUCUUUAUAAUCAUAUCGAUGUUUUCCUCGUUUUUUUUCUUUUUUUAAUAAUAACAAUUAAGUAUAUAAAAUCCGAAGAAGUUGCGAGGUUGAAAUGAAAAAAAAAAGAAAAAAAAAAGAAAAAAAAAACGAAUCAAACUUCUCUUUCUCCUUUUCUUUUUUCUUUUUCAACUUCAAUGUCGAUUUUGGUUUUCAAUAAAAAAAAAUUCAAAAUCCGUUCGCAAUUGAAUAUCGUUAUUUAAUCACGUAAUAGAUAUCAUAUUUUAAUGGACAUAUGUCAAUAUUAGUACGUAGAGCAAAUAUACUAUUUGGCAAUGUGCAAUGCCCCUUAAUAAAGUCGAUACCCUUAUUAGUCACUGUCCAUUGGUGGUAGAAGGAAUGGUUAUAAACGGUCACAAGGUUCAAGUGUACGACACGACGCUAUCUUUACAUUACCAUUCCUUUGUUAUCUCGUUUAUGCUUGAACCAUCAUUAUCACGGAGCAAGCUGAGCCGAUAACAACUCUACCCAAGGCAUUAAUGCUGAGAAAGUGCUGCCACUUAAAGUGCCGUUACUUGUACAUACGUCCGUUAGUCUACUACGGAGCUCCAAUCCUGCUUGCCAACGUGCUCGUCUUUUAUCGAAUUCUGCCGAAGAACAUCGUGCCCAUCGUGCCCAUCGUGAAGAAGUAUGGAUGCGAUGAAGACCGGCUGGUUCAGCGAGAUAAACGACUUUUGGCCUGGUGUAUCACUGUCCCUCGAACUUGAAAACACGUUACAUCGAGAAAAAUCGCAAUAUCAGGACGUUCUAGUGGUGCAGACAAAAACUUAUGGGAAAGCUUUGAUACUCGAUGGUAUUAUCCAGUGUACGGAAAAGGAUGAAUUCGCUUAUCAAGAGAUGAUAGCGUUUUUGCCAUUAUGUAGUCAUCCUAAUCCAAAGAACGUUUUAAUAGUAGGUGGUGGUGAUGGUGGAGUAGCACGCGAAGUUGCAAAACAUCCUAACGUUGAAAGAAUCGUACAAGUAGAGAUCGAUUCGACGGUACUCGAAGUAUCCAAAAAGUAUUUGCCAUUUAUGGGGGUUGGUCUGAAUAAUCCCAAGGUCACGUUAAACGUCGGAGACGGAUUUGAAUUUAUGAAGCAACACACGAAAGAAUUCGAUGUUAUCAUCACGGACAGCAGCGAUCCGAUUGGUCCCGCGGAGUGUCUCUUUCAAGAAUCGUAUUUUAGUUUAAUGAAGACAGCUUUGAAGCCUGGCGGCAUUGUUUGUAGUCAAGCUGGUACAGCAUGGAUGAACUUAGAUCACGUAGUAAAAACUUUUCAACAUUGUAAAUCUUCCUUCGCGAUAGUUGAUUAUGGUAUCACGUCUGUCCCAUCCUAUCCAACCGGACAAAUCGGUUUUGUAUUAGGUGGACUUUCUACAGAAACCAAUUUCAAGGUACCAAAGAGGAUAUUCACGGAAGAAGAAUUGGAUAAAAUGAAUUUAAGGUAUUACAGUAGUGAAGUACACAAAGCAGCGUUCGUAUUGCCGAGGUUCGUAGAAAAGGCAUUGAAAUCUUACAGGACGACGUGAAAAGGAUCUAUUUUCAACUUAUUUUUAUUGCCGACGAAUUUAUUCUCUCUUUCUCUCUCUCUCUCUCUCUGAAAUCUUUAAUUUUUUUUUUAAUUUUUUUUAAUCCUAUCAUCGAUGUAUUGUUUCUUUCUUCUUACGAUUCCAACGAUGACAACGAUGUAGGUUAAAGAGAUAAAAAGAAGAAAAGAAAGAAGAAAAUAUAAUAAUUCUCGAAGAAUAUUAUCGAACAUGAUAUAUAUAAAUAAGUUAAGUUUGUAAGAAAAAAGAACAAAAAAAAAAAAAAAGAACAAAAAAAUAAUGAUAUAAAAAAGAUAUUUAACUUUUAUAAUUUUCCCUACGUUUAAUUAACAAAUGCGGAAUGUUUAAAAGUCUUCUUUAUUAUCGAAACUUAAGUUCAUUUAUUUUCGUUUAUUAAAAAUGCUAAUUUUAAUUUUAUAUAUAUAUAUAUAUGAUUAAAAACAUCCUGUAUAUAAUCCAUAUUCUCAAAAUAAUGCAUUGUCGCAAUAAUAGAAGCCAUUGCUCUCUUGUGUAUACGCGUGUACGCACAUAUACGUACACAUACGCACGCCCACACACACACAUACACAUAUAUAUAUAUGAUUGAAUUAGUCAUUGUUAUGGUUUCUACAUUAUGGCACUCUUCCACAUAUGUAUAUAACGUAUAUCAAUGUAUGAAUGUCACCUUUGAUCUUUUCGAUAUCUGGUAUCGUCAGGGACACUUAUUUUGUUUUGGAAGAGUCUCAUAUUAGCUAUUUCUCAACAGAGAUUUUUUUCUAUCCCAUUUAGAAAAGAAAAAUAUAUAUAUAUAUAUGUAUAUAUGUAUAUUUAUCAUAAUUAUCGAACAUUAUAUCAAACUCUUGAACUUUCUCAUGAUAAACCGAUGAAGUUCCGUAUCUCUGCACGUGGAAAAUAUAUAAAUUAAAUAUUAGCCAUAAUUAUCAAAUUUUAAGACACACAUACACUCAUUCUCUCUCUCUCUCUCUCUCACUCGCUCUAUUUCACUUUUAUUCAGCCAAUUUUGUUUUCUUUCUUUUUUUUUUCCUUUUUCUCUUUUUUAACUCGCGUUAAAAAAACCUGCAACUAUUAUUUACACAUACAUAGAUUAUUAUUAUAUUACGAAAGACUAAUAAUUGCACUAAUCGAUCAUUUAUAAGCGAUCUCAUUUAUAAUAUUAUAUGUAUAUAUAUAUAUAUAUCUUUCUCUCUCUUUCUCUUUCACUCUCUUACAGGAAUUUAAUCUUAAUCUAUCUACAUAACUCAAGAGAUAUUACUUAACGAUGAUAAGCAAAUUGCAAAGAAACAUAUAAUAUAUUAUAGAGUGGUUCAUCUAACUGGAAUCCCUUUGAUAAGGAAUAUUCUUAUAAAAUAAUAAUUACAAUUAAAAUAAAAAGAAAAAGUUUCAAAUGUAUCUUAAACAUAUAUUGUCGUUUAAAUAAAUUCAAGGGAAUAAUGUGUGCCAUUAAAAUUUGUUCGAUUAUUAUUAUUAUUAUUAUUACAAUUUUUAUGCUUUAGUUCUUUACUAUCUCAUAUGGAAUUCUACAUUUUUUUUUCCAUUUCAAAAAAAAGAGAAAGAACAAAAAAAUAAUUGUAGAUAAUAAUAUGGACCACUCUGUAUAUAUCAUAUUUGUAUAUAUAUAUAUAAAUGAUUGAUCUAUGACAAGCAAAGCACUGUGAAUGAAGAAUACGAUUCGUGUUAAAUUAAAAAGAACGGAAAGUGUUACGUGCAGACAACGAGCGUGAAUUCACGCUUCCUAAGAAAAUGAAUAAAAUAACAUUGAUAUGUUGCGCUUCUUGUUAAUUCGUUCUUCUUACGAUAUUAUAUUAAAAGCUAAAGCUAAAAUUAAAAUAAAUCAAAAAAGAAAGAAAAAGAAAAAAAAAAUAGAAGAAAGCUAAAAGAAAUCGGCGGUAACUAAAAAAAAAAAAUCUUCCCUAAUAUCAUUUAUAAUAAUAAUAAUAACAAUAAUAAUAGAUUACUUACUUAAUUAUAGUCUAUGUUAUUUGCAACAAUUAUUCGCAAUUACAUAUACAAAGCUAAUAAUAAUACUAAUAAUGAUAAUAAUAAUAAUAAUGAAAGCACACGCAUUAUAAUCUUUUAUUUAAGGACACUUUUUGUUACCGUUUAGAAAUUCAAUUAAUGGAUAUGAUAGUAUGUUUUCUUUAAAGGGAAAAAAAUGAUUGAACCUGAUAAAGAAAAUAGCAAAUAUGCAAAAAAUAUCAGAAAAGCAUCUCUCUAGCUAUUUGAAAUAACUUUACGAAAGUAUGUACAUACCUCUUAAAUUUUCGUUUUUAAUGAAUUUUAAAUUUAGCUUUUUUACCAGUUAACAAAAUUUGGUCAUGUAAAAAAUUAAAAAAAAAGAAAAAAGAGAGAAAGAGAAAUGACGAUUUCGUUCGUAAAGGAAAUGCAUAUGCAUGUUCAUUAUCCUCCGCCCUCGCAUAAUUCUUAUUGGUUUAAACUCGCCUACGCACUACGGUUAUGCGUCAGAACAAUAUGAUUUCAAUCAGCCAAGUAAUACAAGAGAAAUAAAUUAUGUGAAUUCUCGGUUAUAUUUAUUUCAAUAUCAUUAAUUUUCUCUCUCUUUCUCUCUUUCUUUACCGUACCCAAUAAAAAUAUUAAUCGUUCAUGGAUAUAACAAAAAAUGUACGUCGGUUAAUAUAAAAUUAGAAAAAAAAAGAAAAAAAGAAAAUAAUAGAACUAUUAAGUAAGAUAAAAUAUAUCUACGAGCAAUCGUGACAUCUUACGCGAAUCUGGAAAUUUUAAGUUGGACGUUGGAACGUUUCGAUCUAGAGAUACAAAAAAAAAAAAAAAAAAAGAAAGACAGAAAGAAAAAAGAAAAAAAAAAGAGAAAAAGGAAAAAAAAAUUGAUGGAAUGAACGGAGUGAAAGCAGAAUGAAAAUAUCUGAUCGAUUACAUCGACAAGACUUUGUUAAUAAAACACGACAUUAAACAUUUUAAUACGUA